AUGGAAGAUCCAACUAUGAAUGAACAGAACGAGGCAAACAUUGAUCUGGAAACAGAACAAAAUGACGCCACUACAAAUCCAGAUUUAGAUCCAGAAUCUGACCAGGAACAAGAGCUGAAAGAUACAGAAAAUAAAUUCAGUUCGCAGGACCAGCAGGAUUCAUUAGAAGAAAAACCAAGAUGUUCUGUCUCACCAAAGGUAGCCAGGCCUAAACUUCCAGAAUUUACAGGUAAUGGACGAAUUUCUAGUCAUGCUCGUUCAAAAACUGAUCCAGGACGGGGAGGAGAAAUCAAAGCAAUCAUUGAUAAAACUAUGGAAGACAUUAAAGAAUUAAACAAAGUGGACUUCACCAUCUAUAACCGUCCAAAAGUCUUCCCUAAACCUUUACAUCAAAGAUCUCAGUCCACUCAUGCUUCCCCUCGUGCUUCCCCUACCCCAAGUUCUCCUUCUGUGGAGGAAAAAGUCUCCGCCCUCAACAGGAACCGUAGUCGUAGUCUUAAAGUGCUCACAGAUAUGUUAAAAAGUGGACGAGGGGGUAAUGAUUUCAGAUCGGGCAACAUUCCAGAUGUGGGAAAUGAAGUCAAAUCCAACAGUGACAGUCAGUUGCUUCCUCGUCGUCAGGGUAAGGAAUCAAGUGUUGAACGUCGGUCAAGCUCGGAUGGGCAGCUGCAGGCUAAUCGUCAGGAUUCUUCAGGGGAUGUAACUGAAGAGUCUGGAGUUCAUGAUGCUUGUACACCAGACAUUUAUUCCCAUCACAGGGAACAUGGACAGUCAGAUAGACACUAUAGUGAUCGCAGUGAACACAAACAUAAAGGAAGCACAAUUCCUCGUUACAGGCAAGAGUCAGGUAAAUUCAGGCGUGCUAAAAGUGAAGUGCGUAAAGCUGCACCCAUAUCUGAUGAUGAAGGACUGGAUGUAACAUCAGAUCAUGAAUCUGGAGGUCACGGUUUAGUGAAACCUUUUCAUUCAAUUGACACGAACUCAAAGUUUUUCACAUUAUAUAAGACAAAUCCUUCCACGAGAAGACCUCAUUUUAGUGGUUUUGGAAAGCCUCGCUAUAAAUCAAAUUCUCAGGGCGAAGAGCAGGCAACUAGGUCAGAUGAUCAGAUUGGUUCAGCCAAUAGGAGAUUCACUCGCCUUGAACUUACACCCCUCUCCAGCAAGAACACUAAAAGUCGAAUUUCAACCCUCAGACAUGUAACUCAUCCUCCGCAGUCACAGACAACAUUCCGAGAGGGCGGAACAAUGGACUCAAAUGGGUUUGGCACGCUUCUGAAGUCUCCAAGCACAGAGAGUCCUCCACCUUUCCCUGGAGAGGUGGAAAAAACAAGUGACCUGUCAUUGACUGACAGUCAAACAGGCCAGAGUGACAGCAUGGACGAAGCAUCCUAUGGUGAGCAGGAUGAGCAGAGCGAGACUCGGACAGAAUCCUGUGAUAAUGCCAGUGACGUUGACACAAUCAAACCAACAGAGAAAAAAGGGAAUGGAAAAUCGUUAAAACAGAAAUCCAAAAGUGAUCCAAGUUCUGAUAAAAGUCAGUCUGUUGAUCAGUCAGAACUGCCUCAAUUGAUUUCUGUGUCUCAGAGUACUCCUCAUUUGUCAACCGAUGGUAGCCAGGAAACAGAGGAGGAGGUAACUCCAGAGGCAACCCUGGACACAGACAGUCAGGAGGAAGACAAACGCCAGCGGACCCUGAGUUCUCACGAAUCCUUUGAUGAUGGAAUGCCGCUACAGUUUGAUACCACAUGUAGUACAGGAGGAAGUGGCAGUCCCAUGUCUUAUUCUAUAGAGGAGGAGGGAUUGCUGUCCCCAGAUAGUGAUGGCCCUCCCCCUAGUUUUGUCUCAGUAAUGUAUGGGGUGACUUCUGCCCCGUCCACACCUGUGAAUCAGUCCCCAACAAACACGUUGGAGCGUACAAACUAUCUCAACGUUCCUACUAAUGUCACAGUCACCAGCACAGCAAACAAUAAGAAGUCUAUUGGGCGAAGUGCAAGUUCUGCCAGUGUAAUGAAUAGAGAACGCAAGUUCUCCGGAGGUAGCAAAGACAAAGACAGUAUACGCAAACACAGUGUCACCAUAGGUGAUGAUGCAGCAGCCACGUCUAAACCAGAGUUGUUCCCCUUGGGGGACAGUAGUGGCAUGCAGGCACUAAGCAUGCCCAGUAUGACAACGACAUGGAAGAAGGAACGAGGACCCUCUAUGUCUCCAGAAAGGGACCAGUCUCUAGUCAAGGACAAGCGAUAUCAUAUUGUUGAAGAAUUUUACCACAAUGAAAAAGAAUAUGUAGAGGCUUUACAGAAACUCAAAGAUAAAUACAUGACCCCACUGAAAGUGUCGAGUAAUAUAGAUGAGGCAGUAGUGGACAACAUAUUCUACAUGAUCCCAGAGAUACUCACACAUCACACCAUAUACCUGGACUUCCUGGAGAACGUGUGGGCAAAGUGGGACACUAAAACCAGCACCAUUGGAAACAUUAUCAUUGGCAUCUUUUCGAAGCAGACGGUGGUUGAUAGCUAUCUGUCGUUUGUGGAGAACUACAGAACGUCAGGAAAGGUCAUUGAGAAUGCCCUACAGACAAAAUCUUCUGUACAAAAGUUUAUAGAGCAAUGCCAAAGAGACAGUGGGAGCAAAUUGUCCAUGAAGGACCUGAUUGUCCGUCCAAUCCAGCGAAUACCACGCUAUGAACUUCUCAUACAACGUCUGAUAGAGAACACGCCACCUGAUCACCCAGAUUUUCCACUAUUGAAGGAGGCAGAGCGAGUGAUGCACAAUUUUGCCAUCAAACUGGGAACAGUAAAUGAAAGCCAGCAUGAGGAGGACCAACAGAGCACACUCAAGAAGCUUGAACUGCUUGUUCCAGAUAUGUCUCCAUUGGUGGCCCCUGACAGACAGUACCUCAAACAUGACAUGGUUCAGAUCCUGACUAAAAAGGACCAAUGUUGUAUAUGGAUAUUUUCCGACCUGGUCAUAUUUAGCAGUAUUAAGCGGCGCGGUGGACCAGUGACACGCAAAGUCUCAGUUAUUCUGAAAUCUCCAACCGGAAAUGAAUAUGCAGAGAACAUUAAACACAAGGUUUGGCUGCGGGUUGGACUUGAUAACAUAGAGAUAGUAAAAAGUCAAAUUCCUCCCAGUAAAAAGAGUUCACUUGACCCAGAUCAACUGGAGGAAGACAUCAACAUUCUGACAGAGAUCACUGACAUGACCAAUAAACUCAAUUAUCCACAUUCUAGUCUUGAUGAUGUCGUAAAGGAGAUGCUGGCAUCUUUAAAUAAACAAUUUUCUGAAGUUUGCAUACGAAGUCCAACCUUAGAGUCAAACAAAAUGGAAAUUCUAGUCACAACACAGGAAGGGGUGUAUCCCUUGGAGAUCUGCUUUAGUUCUGCUGAGAAGCGAGCCAUCUGGGAAUCAACAUUGCUGGAUGCUAAACAGAAAUUAUCAUUACUGUCUGACAAAAGAGCACCAGAGUUCCAACAACCUUUACAGAUUACAAAGACAAGAGCAGGAAUGCAGUUUUCUUGUGCGGCCCCCAUUGAUGGCUUGAACAAUAGCGGUUACCGUGACGUGUGGGUGUGUAAUAGUGAUGGAUAUGUGGGUCACAUGUGCCUGCUGAGCCUUCAACCUGAGCCAAUCGUUACCUUAAACACACCUGUACCUGGCUGUAAUGCCCGUAUACUGUGUAUAUGUGCCGUUCCAGCCUUCAGUGGUCCAUUUAGGAGAAAGAGCAGUUCUAAGAAAAACCUCCACAAACACUCAGUUCCACCAGUGGCAGAAGAUGGUCCCCAGAUCAACAUAGAAGAGGUGGAUGAUGUGUCAGAGCCUGAGGAGGAUGCAGCAUCUGGAUAUCAAACAGAUUCAGAGUCUAGCGAUGAAGAUGAAGAAGAGGAAUUAGAGGAAGAAGGGGAAGGAGAGAAAGAGUUAGAAGGGGAGGAAGAGGCACCACAGGAGAAGGAGGAAGGCGAGACUGUGUUUGAUAACAAACCUAAGGAUCUGUACUUAGGAGAGUCAGAGGGUAAAGCAAGUCCAGUGUCACAGCUUAUCAACCUGGACCCCUUCACCAUGACUGGAAACUGGCUUCAGGAUGCUCACAAGAGUACCAUGUGGUUGGGCACGGAGGAUGGCUGUAUUCACAUAUUCCAAUGCACAGACAAUAUCAAAACCACAAAAAAUAAACUCAAGAUUCACCAUGGAUCCCCAGUGUAUUGUAUAGUAUAUUUAGACAACAAGGUGUUUGUUUCCUUAGCCAAUGGGGACUUAAUAGUGUACAAGAGAGACUCAGAUGGUAUCUGGGACACCGAGAACCCAUAUACACGUACUGUUGGUAGUGUCAUCUCUCCUAUCAGUCGCAUGUUAGCAGUGGCGGGCAAGCUCUGGUGUGGCUGUCAGAAUAUCAUGAAUGUCAUUAACCCUCUCACAUUGCGAAUAGAGACAACGUUCCAGGUGACGUCCGACUCAAGUCGCUGUAUCCAGUGCCUGGUGUGUGCAGGGCAGGGUGUGUGGCUUGCCUCACAGCAUAGCUCAAAGAUCUCGCUUUAUCAUGCCACAUCCUUUGAGCCACUGCUGGAGGUCAACAUUGCUCACUCUGUAGCCCAGAAACUUCAAUCGGCUGACGACAUCAUUCGACAGCACAAGGCGGCUUGCCUGCGGAUCACAGCUCUACUGGUGUGUAAGGACUUGUUAUGGGUGGGCACCAGUGCAGGCGUCAUACUCACUAUACCGAUGCCCCGCAUCACGUCCACCUCCACAAGGGGCUCCAUAUCCACCCCUUCAGUUACUGGUCUGGUGUUUGGCCACACGGGACAUGUAAGAUUCCUGACCUGUGUAGAACUAACAGCUCCAUCAUCCCCAACAACACCUAAACCCCGAGCUGAGGAUGAAGAGACUGACAAUAAACCAGACAAUCUGGCAAUUCACGACAUUCAUCGACGAUCCUCAAUGGCGGCAACAACAGCUACUAUGGCAACAAGGAUGCUGGUCAUAAGUGGAGGAGACGGAUAUGAAGACUUCCGCAAUAACUCAACCAAUGAAGUCGCAGGACGGGAUGAUAGUACCAACCAUUUAUUACUUUGGCAGGUGUGA